AUGCUUCAUAUCCAUGGCCAAAUUGGCCUUCCAGCACCCUGGCAGGUGGUGCUGGAACCUCAGAAAAGCAUCCGCGACAGCACCAAGGAGAUGGUCAGUACCUUUGACGCCAUGGACGACUUUGAAAAGGAACUUCAGGAGAUCACCCAAUCUGUAGGUGCUUCCGAAGAAGACCUGAAAGGUGCGAAGGUACUGCCCGUGAAUCCCCAGAUGCGAGAGGAGCAGCAGAUCAGACAGGUGGCCAAGCUGAAGGCGCUGAUGAUGAGGGAACAACAAACCAAAAGGAGAGUGAACAAGAUCAAGUCCAAGACGUACCGUCGCAUCCACCGCAAAGCUGAGCUGAGAGACAGAGAGGCGAUGCUGCAACGCUUGGAGGUGGAGAAUCCCGAGCUGGCCAGGCCCAAAGAGCGGUUGCGCACAUGCAGCACCGAGAAAUGGAUCUUGGAAGAUGUCUUGGACAGGGACUUGGAGUAUUUUCAGGUCGUUCAUGACUACCUCACUGCGCCAGCUGCGCUCUGCUUGUGCCCACCCGGAUGCUUUGAAUGCUUGGUGGACCAUGCUGAUACUGAGGUCACGUUGAAGUGCGCAGAUGGCAGCACCUACAAGCAUCACACAAGUUCAGGGAUCCUUCAAGGGCCCCCUGGAGGGCGUGUGGUUGAGUUGCUUUGCACCGACCCUUGUCCUGUGAAGCAGGCAAGACAUGUCAUUGAUGGUUCGGAGGGACAAGAACUUAAGUGGAGAUCUGUCGCAGAUGGGGAGCAGCAAAUCCUCUUCCUCGAGGAUGCGGUACCAGUGCAUGACUUUCGCCUCGGAGACCAUUGGCUGGAGUCUGACAAGGAACGGCUAUUUUGGCAAGAGACGAAAUUCUACCAGAUCUUUCCCUUGGAAAUGUCAAUGUGGUCUGCAAUUCUGCAAAAGUUGUUGAAGGUGUACUUCGUCGGCGGCAUCGCUGAAACACCUCGCUUUCGGAGCUGGCCCGGCCGGGAUCGACAUCAGCUCUGGGCAUCACUGUGGCUUGCCUUGCGCUUCCAAGUCCAGCAUAGCUAUAGUCUGGUGGAACUCCAGUGGGUGGUGGCAUAUCACCUCGAUGAGCCCACUCUUCCACUCAUCAAGGCGGUGCAGAGCGAGCUCUUUCGGCGUGGAUUCUUGGAGGAGUGUCCAGAUGAUGUGCAGUUCUCAAGGCUCUCAAUCUCCGGCGUCAAGUGGGUCUUGGAUGGCGACAAGUUCUUCAGGUCGCGGAAAGCAGACGCUGCCGGUGGGAAGGCUUGGUGGCAAUUGCCGCUGAACACACAGCACGUGCUCUUGUCCAGCGGCCCCAUCGUUGGUGACAACACGCCCCUCCUGCCCAGCUGUGGGCCGGUGGGUGGCUUCUCAGCCUAUCGGGUGAUCUUUCUGGCCAUGAAUCUCACAGAUGAGGAGUUGAAAAACUACUGCGACAAGGUGUCCUGUCAGUUUCGACACCGCGACGGGCCGGUGGCAACCACUUGCAGCUGGGGGGUUCUGACAGAGGCAGCUCAGGCAGUGCCUUUUGUGAGUCAUAUGCUGCUGAAUGAUGCAAUCUGUUUGGAGUGCGAUGUGGCUUCUGAAACCACGCUGCCGCCCCUGCGAAUCGAUGGCAGCCAUGAUGCCAAUGCCGCUGAUGGUUGGCAGGUGCUUGUGUGCCAAGCCAUGCCAACCACUGAGGCCUCUAGUCCGCCAGCGUUCCCGAGCCCCCAGGCCAAACCAUUGAAACUGUCGCCGCGUUCGCGUGAGUUUGAGCGGGCCAGAGAGGUGCUUGAGGCUCAGCUAUGCAACUUCAUUGCGCAACAGCGAUUGAAGCAGUGGCCUAGCAAGGGCAAAGUACAACGCCUAGCAGCCCUGUGGCUGAUUCUUCACUUCGAACCUGGCCGAUGCUAUACUGAGCUGGAGGUCGAUUGGAUUAUUGCCACUGGGCACAAUUUGGCCGCCAAAGUGCCAGAUUGUGCGCGCAUUCGCAAGGAUUUGGAAAGGACAGGUUUCAUUUGUAGAGAAGCAGGUGGCGGCAGCUUUCACCUCCGACCUGAGAUGGUAGAGCAACUUUUGGCCUCGCUUGAUGGCAAAGGAUGA